AUGGGUGUCCUAAUGGUUUUUCUCGAAAAGGCUACCAAGCUGACCAAUCGCGAUGUGGUGGGCAAGUCUGAUCCUUACGUCAAGUUUCAUCUCAAGCAAGAUAAUUGGGUCAUGGACAAGAACUUUGGAAAAGCCAAGUCGACGACGCAACAAGACAAUCUGGAUCCAUAUUGGAAUGAAACCUAUGCCUUUGAUAUCCCCAGCUUGGACAAGAUGCUGCUGAACAUUACAGUUCUUGACGAAGACCUUGGUCCCGACCAACACUUGGGAGAGUGCACCAUCCCUCUGGACCAACUCGGUUUGACGGAUGAGCUCAUGGAUGUGGACAGAAUCAUUGAUGGCAACUCCUUUCAUAAGGAUGCCAGAAUUUAUCUCAAGCUGUCCUACAAAGAAUCCUGA